AAUACCCUAUCUGGUUGAUGUCACCAGGAAACUCCGACGCCCAGGGCAAGGGAACCCCAAAGGGAAUAACUUGAACGCCAGCCGCUGCGGCCGGCCCCGCACUCGGGAGGGAAGCGCAGCCACCGGGCAGGGGAGACUCCUCGCAGCGCCCGGCGGACCCACCACCAUGUGCGAGCUGUACAGCAAGCAGAACACCCUGGCGCUAAGGAGAAAGCACAUCGGACCCUCAUGUAAAGUUUUCUUUGCUGCGGAUCCCAUCAAAAUAGUGCGAGCCCAGAGGCAGUAUAUGUUUGAUGAGAAAGAUGAACAGUACUUGGACUGCAUCAACAACGUUGCCCAUGUGGGACACUGUCACCCUGAAGUGGUCAAAGCUGCCAUGAAACAGAUGGAACUGCUAAAUACAAAUUCUCGAUUUCUCCACGACAGCAUUGUUGAGUAUGCCAAGCGCCUUUCAGCAACCCUGCCAGAGAAACUCUCUGUUUGCUAUUUUACAAAUUCAGGCUCCGAAGCCAACGAUUUAGCCUUACGCCUGGCUCAGCAGUACAGAGGCCACCAAGACGUGAUCACUCUAGACCAUGCUUACCAUGGUCACCUGUCAUCUUUAAUUGAGAUAAGUCCUUACAAAUUUCUAAAGGGCAAAGAUGUCAAGAAAGAAUUUGUACAUGUGGCACCAAAUCCAGAUACUUACAGAGGAAAAUAUAGAGAAGACCAUGCAGACCCAGCCACUGCUUAUGCAGAUGAGGUGAAGAAAAUUAUUGAAGAAGCUCAUAAAGCUGGAAGGAAGAUUGCUGCCUUUAUUGCUGAGUCCAUGCAGAGUUGUGGCGGACAAAUAAUUCCUCCAGCAGGCUACUUCCAGAAAGUGGCAGAGCACAUCCACAGAGCAGAAGGUGUGUUUAUAGCUGAUGAAGUUCAAGUAGGCUUUGGCCGAAUUGGGAAACAUUUCUGGAGCUUCCAGAUGCAUGGCGAAGACUUUGUUCCAGACAUCAUCACGAUGGGAAAACCAAUGGGCAAUGGCCACCCGAUGGCAUGUGUGGUAACAACCAAAGAAAUUGCAGAGGCUUUCAGCAGCUCUGGGAUGGAGUAUUUCAACACGUAUGGAGGAAAUCCAGUAUCUUGUGCUGUUGGUCUGGCCGUGCUGGAUAUAAUUGAAAAUGAGGACCUUCAAGGAAAUGCCACACGUGUAGGGAAUUAUCUUAUUGAGUUACUGAACAAGCAGAAGGCUAAGCACAUUUUGAUAGGAGAUAUCAGGGGUGUUGGCCUUUUUAUUGGAAUUGAUUUAGUGAAGGACCAGCAGAAAAGGACCCCCGCCACAGCCGAAGCUCAACACAUCAUCUACAAGAUGAAAGAAAAGCGAGUGCUUCUCAGUGCCGAUGGACCUCAUAGAAAUGUGCUUAAAAUAAAACCACCAAUGUGCUUCACUAAAGAAGAUGCAGAGUCUAUGGUGGACCAGCUUGAUGAGAUUCUAACAGUUUUAGAAGCAGCCACGGGAGCCAAAGCUGAAGGUGUGAUCUCUGACAAUUUUCCAUGCAGAACCAAAAUACCUAAUGAAGCACACUUGGAAUUGCUCAGUGACAGCUCCACUGACUCCAAAGAAAAUUCCAUCAGAAAGAGAAAUGGGUUGUGUACAGAUAAACAUUCACUGCUCAGUAAGAGGCUGAAGACAUGAAAGAGUAACAAGAUAGAUGUCCAGAGUUAUGGAGAAUGAAUAGAUGUGUCUCUUCUCUUAGUAUCUCUGUAAAGGGGUAAUUUUCAUUCCAUUUAGGUUUGUAAAUAAAAAGGUCAGUGACUAAUAAGGAUAAACCAACAGAUAAUCAAACCAUGUCAAGAUUAUUCGUUCAGGCUCUAGUCUGUUAAUUCCUUACUUGAGAUUGCUGAACAUUCCUAAUUUAUUCUGCUGCAUUUAAACUUGCAAUCCAACAGUCGGUUGGAGUAUUCUCAUGUUUUAAUGUUUGAAAUUCAAGAGCAAAAUACAGUAGAUGCCUUAAUUUUGGAGACUCAGAUCCUUAAAAUAUGAAUUCUAUAAUGAUUUAAUAUAUAAGAAUAUGUGUAUAGAUUUUAAUAAAGUAAAAAAUGAUGUAAACCAAAACAUUUUUCAUUA